UAUUUUAGUUAUAUCUUGACGAUUUCUCUCUUAUGUGGCAUAAAAUCCGUGAGACACGCCAAGCCCGCGAUAAUUGAUGGGAUGGAAGAGGACCAUACAAAAUUGCACUUGUCAUAAUUACCUUUACUCUCCUUCCUCCACAUGAUUCCUUUUUUUUUUAGUGCAUAUAUGCCUUGACCUAUUCAUUCAUUACUACAAUGGCCGAUCUUGACGACGAAGCGCUCUUCGCCGAGCUCGAAAAAGAAGACGACUCGGCGUACCGCGCCCAGCGCCUCGAGCAGCUCAAUGCGGAGUUCGCAUCAACGACGAGUACCAGCACGGGGAGCAAGAACGUCACCACCCUCGAAAGUACGCACUACCCGACGCUCUCGAACGACCAGGCCCUACUCGACUUCACGACACAGACGCACAAAUGCGUGGUGCACUUUGCGCACCCGGAUUUCGCCCGCUGCACGGUGAUGGACGAGAAUCUACGAACCCUCGCAACUCUACAUCAUGAAGUACGCUUUGUGCGCGUCGACGUACGCAACACCCCCUUUGUGGUCGAGAAGCUCAAUGUACGCGUGCUUCCCUAUUUGAUUGCCUUCAAGGACGGGCUGGCUGUCGAGCGGGUCGUGGGCUUCGAAGGCUUGGGCGCCGGCACGGGAGAGAAAGACGGGGGCGAUUCUUUUAGUGUCAAGACUCUUGAGCGCAGGCUGCUGCAUAGGGGGAUAUUGCUCAAGGCUCGGCUGGACGAUUCGCAUGAUGGUGGUGCGGAUUCGGAUGCGGGUGAGAGUGGCCGCGAGGAUGCCCCGCGAAGGGGGUUACGGCAGGGGUUUAAGAAGAGCAGAAAUCAUGACGAUGACGAUGACGACGAUUGGGACUAGGAGGCCUUCACACCCCCCCUCUCUGCCCCUAAAAAAUAUUUUCAAUUGGGGCUGUGAUUUAGAUGAUCUGUGACUAGAGCUAUGAUGCCCUGUGAAGAGCGUAAGGUCAAGUCAGUGUCGAAUGGACAUAUAGACGAAGCACUGCCACCGUGUAUAGAAUGGCCGUGUGAAAAAUAGAUUUAUACCCUACAUCAAGUUAGCCCAAGUCAGACCUGCAACUUUUACAUACAAGUGUUACUGGUCUGCUUGGAUCAAUAGAAGUUGACGGAUAAGGCAUUGCCAGCAGAGAGCUAACUGCAAUGGACCAAGGAAAUAAGUUGAACAAUAUAAAUAGAAUAGUAACACAUAGGAUUGCCAGGAAAAGAACAGGAACAAGGAUACUGCAUGCUCAUUGAUGUAAAGUUACAGGUGCAGAAAACAGGAUAAAA